ACGACUUCCAUUAUGAAUGGCCUAUUCCCAAACCAGACACCAUCUUGCUUGCUAUCGAAGGUUCUUCUGAGCGAUUCAAAAUUAAAGGGGCAGAUGCAGAUGCGGAAUGGGCCAGUCUCGUCCCGGACGACGGGCUUCUUUAUCUAGGUGACCGACAGCGUCCUUUUACGCUGGGAAUGUUCCACCAGCUGCAAUGCCUCAACAUUCUUCCCAAAAGCAUUAUCACUCAUAUCCCCUUUCCGACAGUGAACUUGUCGCCCACUGUCUGGAUUACUUACGACAAAUGGUAACCUGCCAUUCUAACACCUCGCUUGAGCCAGCGACGGGUCGUAAUGUGGAAGUCCAUCCGGACGCUUAUGUAUGUAAUGACUGGAAGGUUGUUUAUCGAGAGGCAGAGCAUAACCAGCGCGACUUUGAAGAG